AUUAAACCGAAAAUAUAAUGAUUGUUCCAAAUAUUUUAAUGGCGAUUAUAUAUUCAGACCAUUUUUUACGUAUUGGGUGACGACCGCUCAAGUGAUCGUGAUGAUAAUAACGAUCAUAAACUAUGGCGUUGGGCCGUGGGGAUUUGAUCGAGUGGAGAGAGAUGGCGAUGUGCUGCACUCAACCGUGACUCUGAAACGAGUCCGCAUCUACGAGUCUGCGAAUCUUUGGCUGGGCCCAAAAUUUUCGGAUUUAGUGCAUUUGGGUGCAACAUUCGCACCGUGCAUGAGACGUGAUGCAAGAAUAUACGCGCAGAUCGAGAACGACAGGGCGUUGGAAAGGGAGACGGGUUGUUGCGUUUAUAACGAUGGCAGUGGAUGCUUUCAGGCUGGAGAAGACAUCUGCCCUGUAUCUAUUAAUUUAUUACUAAUAUUAUCUUUCAACGGAACAGGUCCGAAUGGACGUACUUCGGGUGCUGUGUGCGGUCAAGACCCGAGAUAUUGUGUUGAGCCGUCUUCAGUGGAUCCUUACGAAUGGCCUGAUGAUAUCACGAAGUGGCCGCAGUGCCGUCAUUCGACAGCAUUGAUCCCAGAAAAUGAAAAGCAUUUGCAAUGUGAGAUAACUGGACGUCCGUGCUGCAUUCAACUGCAUGGGCAGUGUCGUAUAACAACUCGUGAUUAUUGUGAUUUUGUGCAUGGUUACUUUCAUGAAAAUGCAACGCUCUGUUCACAGGUGUCUUGUCUCGGCGAAAUAUGUGGUAUGUUGAAAUUUAUGAGUGUCGAUUGGCCGGAUCAGUUCUAUCGGUUCAUUACACCGUUGUUCUUGCACGCUGGUAUCAUUCACUGUGCAGUAACAGUUCUAAUUCAGUGGUGCUAUAUGCGUGAUUUAGAGAAAUUGAUUGGGUGGAUAAGAAUCGCAAUCAUUUAUUUGGGUGCUGGCAUGGGUGGUAAUAUUGCUAGUGCCAUAUUCUUACCUUACAAGCCCGAGGUUGGUCCGGCUGGACAUUCAUUAUUUAGGAGGUUACUUCAACGACCCUGGCAUGUGCUUCGAAAACUGAUGAUGUGGACAGGUGUGCUGUUCUUGAUUGGUUUAUUGCCGUGGAUUGACAACUGGGCGCAUUUAUUCGGUUUCAUCUUCGGCAUUCUUCUCUCUUUAGCAACAUUUCCGUAUAUUCAAACAUCGGAUAAUGAUCGACGAUGGCGAAUCGCGAUCGUGUUGGUGUCGCUUGCAACAAGUUCUGCUUUAUUUGCGAUACUCUUGGUUGUUUUCUAUCGAUUAUCUGAUUUUGAGUGUUCGUUUUGUGAAUAUUUCAAUUGUAUUCCGUUCACAGAUCAUUUAUGUGAUAAUCAAGGUCUUAAUUUACAAAGUUGGUUACCCAUUUGA